GUCAAGAGCAGUUUGGGUUGAUCUUUUGGGCUUUAGUGCAGAGUUCUGGUUGCUUAGUUUUUGUUGGUUAGAUUUCACUUAUUUUGUCCUCCUGCCUUGGUGUUACCAACAGUGGGUUAACCUUAGCUUUUGGGUUUGUUUUGUUAUUAGUCUUCCUGCCUCUAGAGGCUCCUAGGUUGGUUCCCUGAGUUGUACAGCUAGUUCCGGUUGUAGUUCUGUAUUUUUCCGGGUUCUGUGAAUAAAUUCGUUGUUGUUGUUGCAAAUCUACUCGUUCAUUUCCUGUAUCUGAGCCUCCGGUACCUGCUCAAAUAUGUUUUAAGUUGCCCCAUACUUUUCGCUAGCUGAGCUGCUAAGCUGCCUGCCUGGCUAAAUACUGGAGCUAUGUCGAAAAUUAAUUUCUCCAUCACUCACAUGUACGAAAUGACAUAUGAAAACAGACCCCAGGUUGAAAAAAAAAAACGAAGUUCCCCUUUAAGAGUGAAAUGACUGCAUGCCCUACCGCUACUGGCUAAAAAAAAUCCCUAUAAAACUGUCUGGCUCUGCCUCUGUGUGUAGUUUUUAAAGGGAGUGUGGGGGGUGCCAACAUUUCUGCCCCCUGACAGGUAAAUCCAGCCAUGCAACUUAGUGAGUCACAAAGGAAGUACACUGACAUAAAUCCAAUCUAACAGCAGUCAUACAUUCCUUAAAACUGACUGGAUUAUUCAGUCUAGCUCUGUAACAGAAGCUCUUUAAAGUAAUCAGGUGAAUCAGUGAGUGUUCAGGUUAUAAAUCAGAGUAAAGGCCGCCGAGCUGCUCAGAUGCUGCAGCCGCCGCCUCCAAAGCAAAUGUUGGACACGGAACAAGGAAGUUGAGCACCUGUUGCUGCCUCUUUAUCCACCUUUCAGCUCCGACUGCGGCCUCUGUGACUGAAGGUGUUUUGUGAAUUCACGCCAUGGCAGAAGCGGAGGAGAAAGUAGCUCCGACUGAACAACAGCAGCCGCAGUUGAGCUCAUCUUCCAGCGGCCUCGGGGACUCCCAGCCGGCUGUUAUCGGCUCUGAGGGCGCCGAAGAGCGGCCAGCGGAGGACGGAGCGGCCCGGUGUAAUCCCGGUGGUCUGCCUGUGGAGCCAACUCUGAAUCAGUAUAAAAUGAGGAGGUUCUUCGUGUUGAGGCCUGGCACUCUGAAUCAGGCCAUCAAAGACGUGGAAGCUUUGGUGAAUAAGGAGGCGGAUGGCAGCGUUCACGGCAUGUGGCUGAUGGCAGAGGUGGAUCACUGGAACAAUGAAAAGGAACGUCUGGUUCUCAUCACAGACAACACUCUCCUGGUCUUCAAGUAUGACUUCAUCAUGUUCCAGUGUGAGCAAAUCCAGAAGAUCUCGCUGAACUUCAUUGACCGCAUCGCUCACGGCACCUUCAGUUUCCCAAAGCGCUCCCUGCUUCAGAGAGAAGGGGAGGGAGUUCGAAUCUUCUGGGACCGACUGAGGGAGCCCUCCUUCACCUCCAGGUGGAACCCCUUCGCCACCGACUUCCCCUUCAUCACCUUCACUUACCAUCCAGUGAGAAACAUCAGCGACACAUUUGCUGCUCUCUGCGACAUCCAGAACUUUCGUGAGAAGCUCAAGGAAGCAGCAGAGAAAGCCCAUACCAUGAAGCCGGUUCCAGGGAAAGCCAAUGGCGUCCUGGUCCUAAACCAGCAGAUCCACAUCGAUGCCUAUGUGGGUGCCAUGUCUUUCCUCGGGAACCAGAACAAACUGGGCUACAGCAUGGCUCGAGGAAACAUUGGCUUCUAAACUCUAAUGUUUAAUAUAACAGAUUUACUACUGUUCAUACUGUUGAAGCUAAGUCUUGACUUUAGGUUGUUCACAGAGAAUGAUUGACCAGAGGUUAUUCCAGGUUUACUUCUGUUUCACAGGAUUCUCAAGAUGUUCUAUGUGAGGUUUCAACUAUGUCAUCGCCCCCACUGCUUGUUAUCAGUGUGUGGCGUCUGACGACUCAGAAAUAUCCACAUUUCAGCGCCGCUCUUCACAGGAUGACGGAUCCCUGCUGCUCUCAAGGAGCUCUGUAUUUGCUCCUCAGUGAUAUGGUAAUUCAACUCUUUUGCAACGGGACUCCUUUCUUCCUCCCCCGGUGUCUCUGGUAAAAGCUCAUUCCCAUGCCAUUCAGCCCCUUAGAGAUUCACUGGAGCAUGGGGGCACAUUUGUCAGCUUAGUUUUUUCAGUCAAAGUGUAUUUUUACAGUGCAUACAGUGCUGGAAUUUCCCCUUGAUUUGUGCAUUUACUAUGUGGUUCUGCGCCUUGUUUGACAUCAUGUGUCUGUAACAGAUAUAAAAACAUGAUCUUACAGA